GACAGAGAGGCAACAAAUAUUGACGUUCAGUCAGUUUUUGUUUUGAAAAUCAAAAAAAAAAAAAAAAUUGUAAGUGGACUUUUUAAAAGCAUAUAAUGGAGGCUAAAGGAAACACCGUGGAGAGAAGUGUCCUGUCGCGUAUCAACAUGUUUAACCAGCACGUGGAGGAGCACAAAAACUGGCAGCGCGUCAAUCCCUUCUCACACUACAACGUGCGAGAUGUACCCAAGCGCAGCAUUCAAAAGGACCUGUACGGCACCCCACCCGCCGGCAGCCUCUCUGAGCGGCGAGCGGUGCAGGCACAGAUCCUAUCUCUCCAAGAGAUCCUCCAGCUAUGCGAGCUGAUCAACGAAAACGGCGAGCGGCAGUCGGCGGACGAGGCCGCAGAGGUUAGCAUAAUGUUUGGCGUGCUCUUUGAGAUGUACGACCACAUCUCUGACAAACUACUCGGUACGCUGCUGUGCGCGCGCAAGCACAAAUACAUUGACUUCGAGGGUGAGACACUAUUUCAGGGUCGCGACGAUAAGAAAGGCGUGCGUCUUUUGCGGCCUUUCGAGGAGCUCAGGGAUGGCAUUUUGAACAAAAUCAAGAGUCUACGUUGCAUUCUAGCUGAGCAGCCCGUGGAGCCUGUGGAGCCUGUGAAGCCUGUUGAGUCUGUUGAGCCUGUGGAGCAACCGUAGCUAUGUAACAGGAUGCCUUGUUCUUAUAUGUGGCACGUGGCACGAGGCACUUGGCUGUCAUACAAUCGCUGACCCGUGUCAUUCGUGGGGCACAUCGCACCACAUCCCACACUUCGGGGCACGUGCGCCACUCUGCAAGCCUUUAAAAGUUAAUUAAAUUAAGAUUUCGGCUGCCUGAAGCCCAUUCAGUCCCAACCCUCCCAAGGCAAUACCCGGCCUGAUUGUCCGCCCGUACCAAAUGGAGCCCUGCUGUGAUCUGCGAAAUACACCUGCCUCUCAAAUUGUCACCUCGGAUACACAGCUAAUGUAUCGAGAGCACACAUUUUAGCCAACAUUUAUAUGCAAAUAAAUAUCUUUGAAAAGCC